GUGUAACGCUUGCACUUAAAAGACAAGCAUUUGUCAUUUGCUAACUACAUAAGCACUCUUUACACACUUGUAAUGUAAUCUUGACAAAACCGCUGCUCGCAGCUUCGUAUAGCUGAAAGCGGACCAUGGCGGCUGCCAUGAGCAGCAACACAUCCACGCUUCAGAUCAAGUAUUCCAGUGUCGAGCAUACGCGGAAACGCAUAGACCCUCGGAGGAGACAAGCCGCGCUCUCUUUUCUCAGUAACAUUUCUUUGGAUGGUCGACCCGUGCAAGAUGAUGCCGACAAUCAGAUCGAAGAGGAUAAUUCAAUUGAGGCCAGGACUAGACAGAGCCUGGUUUCCACAGCAGAGCGCCCGCUGUACGCGGUUGGCAGUGGCGCUGCGGUAGCAACCCCCACCGCCGCCCAGGCGCUCGCUAUUGCAAACCAGGCUCUGAUUGCUAACACCCGAGCCAGUUUUGGGAUUGGUUCAGCCGCUGCAGCUCCAGCAUGUACAUAUCCGGAAGGGGAUGCUUUCGGCCCUUCGAUUUUCAGUUCGCCCUUCUCUGUAGUACCAGCCGCGACUAGAAGCAGGCUUCAGACCUACACUCAGGGAGUCGUGCCUGCUGCCCACUCCAGGCAGGCUUCCCAGGUCUGCUGUCUGGAGGGAGGACAGAUCGCCAACUCGGGACUGGAACUGCAGAGAUCAAGACGGAGGCUCAUCUCUCAGCGUUCCUCCUUGGAGACACUGGAAGACAUUGAGGAGAACGCCCCUCUACGCAGAUGCAGAACCCUCUCAGGUUCACCCCGACCAAAGAGCUUCAAGAAGGUUCACUUCAUCAAGAACAUGAGGCAACAUGAUAUGCGCAAUGGAAGGAUAGUCCUAAUCAGUGGCAGAAGAUCCCUUUAUAGUGUAUUUUCUGUCCUGCCCUAUCGAGAUUGUAGCCAAGCAGGGGAUGUGAAACUGGAAAGCGGGCGGCAGCGGCACCCCUCGGGCGGGGUCAGUGCCAAGGAGAUGGUGAUCGGGCUGGAGGGAGUGGAGCUGGGUGCCGACGGGAAGACUGUGUCGUACACCCAGUUCCUGUACCCCACCAACGCCCUGGACAGCGGUCGCAGGAACACCAUAGACUCCGUGUCGUCCUUCACUCAGUCUCGUAACGUCAGCCACCGCAGUCUCAGCCUGGGCCGGGCCAACAGCAACCAGAGCAGCAUCGACACGGGGAACGAUCUGGGGGACUUGAUCCGGGAGUACGACCCUAAUCUGUUGGACGAUCCCCAGUGGCCGUGUGGGAAGCACAAGAGAGUCCUAACCUUCCCCUCAUACAUGACUACAGUCAUAGAGUAUGUCAAGCCUUCUGACCUCAAGAAGGACAUGAACGAGACAUUCAAGGAGAAGUUCCCCCACAUACGGCUGACUCUCAGCAAAGUCAGGAGUCUGAAGAGAGAGAUCCGUAAGUUGGCCCAGGAGGAGUGUGGCUAUGAGGAAGCCACCGUAGCCAUGGCCUUCGUCUACUUCGAGAAGCUGGUCCUCCAGGGGAAACUCAACAAGCAGAACCGCAAACUCUGCGCCGGCGCCUGCGUCCUGCUCGCCGCCAAGAUCGGCGGAGACCUCAAGAAGCACGAGGUCAAGCAGCUCAUAGACAAACUGGAGGAGAGGUUUCGUGUGAACAGGAGGGAGCUGAUAGCCUUUGAGUUCCCUGUGUUGGUGGCCCUGGAGUUCAACCUGCACCUGCCUGAGAACGAGGUCAUGCCCCACUACAGACGCCUCGUCCAGACCUCCUAGCAGGAGGAGCACCCAGCCCUCCUGAUCCAGGACCAGGAGACCCACCGUACUGGACCACCCCACCUCACCGAGUCCCGCGACCAGCUGGUCUCCCUGCAGCCUGGAGAUCCAUCAUGGACCAUAGUGUUGGAGAUCCUCUACACGCUACUGCAGGCCACAUUCAGAUGUACAUUUUCAGAUCGAGACUUGAAAGCAGCCAAAGUUACCCGUAUUCUUACUUCAACAUACUUCUACUUUCUUUAACUCUAUUUACACCUUCAAAAGAUUGGUAGCUGAAAGUUGGCGAAAGUUGUUCAUAACAAAUGAUUUUUUUUGUAAUCCUUGCUUGGCAUGUUUUGGUUGCCUUAUGAUUGUCAUGAAGAACGAAGCAAACCUGUCGCGUGGCCGAUUUUGACAGGACUGUUAUCCCAGUGACUCUGUGCUUUUUGAAAAACUUUUUCCAGUCUCCUCACUAGAAGUGCACUUUCUGAAUAUUGCAGACAUGGAUAGAGGCCAUUUUCGGAGACUCUUGACUGGGUGAGGGUUGUGAAACAAACUCAUUCUGAUCAAUUUGAGUUGACUCAAACCCCGUAAGGGAAGUUGAUCUAAAUGGCUUUCAAUAGAUGUUCUAAUCCAUUUCCUUUUUCUGUUUACUAGCCACCAAUCCCACUAUCCGCAUGACAAUUUAUCGACAUAACCUUUUCGAUUGCAAAAUACUUACAGAUUUAAUAGGAUUUUAUACUGUACAUUAUUCAGUACAUUUAAGUACUCUUCUUGUUUUCUACCUGUUGAGUGCUUGCUUUGGACAUUAUGUGAAUGGGCCCACUCUUGUCAUUCAAUGUGUAAUCUCCUGUGCUCUAUAUUAGAGUGUAUUAUCGGCACGUUUCUAGUGCUUUACUAGAGUGUGUGGAAAGGUAUCGGAAGUAGGGCAUGAUGUUGCCAAUGCUACAGCUGUGAUAUUGAAACUGAACUUGAAUUAGCAUCAUAAUCACAAUAUCUGUCAAGACUUGACAAAGUGUUUGAUAUGGCAGGUGAUCAAUUUGUCAUGGUCACAAUAUGAUUGUGCCAUCUGUCUUUUAUGACAAGGGGUUCCAGUUCGAAGGUCACCAUUGUUAGUGUCCCAGUCAGUAUUAAAUAGAAUGUUGUUGCCCUGCCCGACUGUAGGGAAAAUAACCUUGGCUCACAGCAAAAACUUGACCUUUUUUCAAACACAAUUUUCUUGUUGUCUGCUUGUUUUUGUCAAUUACAAA